GGAAACGAAAAUGGUGGUACUUGAGUCACUGAACCUCUCACGCUUCUAUCUCUCAUCUUCUCCAAACCCUCCUCCAUUUCUAUUGCUUACAAAAUCAAACCUUUCGAUUCCCACUUCCACCCCCAAAUUUCUCUUCAAAUCCCCUCUUUUUACACUCCCUCUUCCAAUUUCUACUAAAUUCCAGGUCUGCUUAUCAUCAGCAAUCCAACAGGAGAUUACAGAGGAAGAAGAAGUAGAGAAAUUAGAGCAAACCCAGAAAGAAGAAAACAAAAAAAAGCUUUUUGUUCUUAAUCUUCCAUGGUCUUUCUCUGUUGCUGAUGUCAAGAAUCUCUUUGGUGAAUGUGGAACUGUGGCAGAUGUUGAGAUAAUAAAACGGGAGGAUGGGAAAAGAGGGUUCGCAUUUGUUACAAUGUCUUCUGGGGAAGAAGCUGUUGCUGUUAUCAAGAAAUUCGAUUCUCAUGAUCUUUUGGGUAGGAUUAUCAAGGUUGAAUAUGCAAAGAAAUUCAAGAAACCUACACCUCGGUCUCCAGGUUCACUGCGGCCAGGUGAGACACGCCAUAAGCUGUUUGUGUCAAAUCUUUCGUGGAAAGUAAGGGCUACACAUCUUAAACAAUUCUUUGCCGACUUCCAUCCUGUUUCCACCAGAGUUGUUUUCGGCCCUUCAGGAGGUUCUGCCGGAUAUGGGUUUGUCUCAUUUGCCUCAAAGGAGGAAGCAGAAUCUUCAAUAUCAGCCUUGAAUGAGAAGGAAUUGCUUGGGCGGCCGAUCAUCUUAAAAUUUGAUGAAAAAUAAAAUGAAAAAUCUGAAACCAACGAGGAAAACCCUCGAGAGGAAGAACCUGCUGCAUCAUAGUUGUGGUUGAGUAGAUUUUGGUGAUAGAAGAUCAAUGAAGUUUGUGUUUAAUUAACAGCAGUUAAUGAUAGUAAUCUUUUGUGAGUUUGUUGAUUGGUUGGAAUAGGCAUAUAUACUCAUACAUGUUGUGUAGGGUUCCAUGAGUGAUCCAGUAUUUCUACCUGC